AUGAUAGUUAUUGCUGGCUGCACAGGUGAUCUGAGCAAGAAGAAGAUAUUUCCAGCGAUAAACAAAGUCUUUAGGAGAGAGCUGAGCAAAUGCAUGGGCGGAGAGUAUGCUACGACAGAAUUGGAUCUAACCGAAGGAACUCUCAGCAGCUCCACCUCAGCGCACAAUUUGUCCAAGCACAGCCCAAUAACUACAGCAAAUCCUGCAGAUCCCAGGAAAAGAACGAGCUAUUUAGAAGCCACGGGAAGCAGAAUACUCUACAAGAAAGUCCCGCAAAGUGACGUUCUGAAGAACAACUCUGUAAUUGUUCCUCGGAUAAUAGGGUAUGCAAGGACUCCGCUGGAUACAGUUCAGUUUAUUCAGAGGAUAGACCCAAGCAUUUCCUACUUGAAGGAAACUGUCGAGAAAAUAGAGUAUGUCAGCGGAGAGUAUGCAGAGAUGGUCGACAGAAUAUGCAGUCUCCCAGGAAGGAAGGAGGAAGGAGAUACGCCAGAUACGCAGCUGUACUUCUACCUGGCCGUUCCCCCUGAGAUAUAUCCGACCGUUUUAGAGCGAGUUCGAGCACUUUUAUCGCAGGAAAAGACGUCUAGCGAGAAACAGAUGCCGAUAGUACUCCUGGAGAAGCCCAUAGGAACGUCUUUGAAGACUUUCCUGGGCCUGAAGGCGUACAUGUCAGACCGUCCUCGGAGAUUCCUCUGUGUGGAUCACUAUAUGUUCAAGAAUGUUUUGGUGCAGUACAAGAAAAUAUUUCAGGAGACUUUUCUUGGCGAAUUCGUGCAGCCUGGAUCCGUGCGCGAGGUAAAAGCGUACUUUAACGAAGUAAUUGGAGUAGAGGGCCGAGAGAGCUACUACAAUACAUCGGGGGCAUGCCGGGACGUCCUUCAAAACCACCUUCUCCUGGCAGUUGCAACGGUUUUAGGGGAGGGAAAAGAGCGUUUGAGCACGCUCAGGCGGAUAGAAAGCCUCUCCGAGGAAAACACGCUCUUUGGAGUGUACAAAGAAUAUGCGGAAAGAGUAAAGCAAAACCAGGAGUUGCCGCAUUCCCUCAGGAGGCAGAACAGCGAGGUCUUUUUCCCGGAUUCAGAAGAGAAGCCGAAAACAUGCGAAAAAGAAGGCCCGAAAAGUCUCUGUGGCAUGGACUUGGGAGGCGUAAAGGAGACGUACAUACAGGCAAAAACAAGAAUUGGCGCUCCCUGGAAUGUCCCGUUAAAAUUAACGGCCGGAAAGAAGAUGCCGCACCAUUUCGUGGCAGUUGUUCUGGUUUUGGAGGAAAGUGCGAUCCUGAAGGCCGUACAGGCACGUACAAGCCCAAAGGACUACGAGAACUCGGGCCUCGUGCAGAAAAUCAUCAAGGCCCUGGGGAAGCCCCCAUCCCCGAAGGAUCUCAAGCUCUCUUCCGCGGAGAUGAGCCUGGAAACGGACGAAAGCCAGGACGAGGAUCUAGACAAAAGCCUCGACCUGGAGGAAACCAGCGAGGAAGAGGCGCAAGAAGAGUCCGUGCCCGAGAAAGUGCAGCGUCUUAUCACAGGGAAAGUCAAGAUAAAAAUCACUCCAAAGGAGGCGAUAUUCAUAGAGAUAAAGUACAAGGAAAAACUAGCAAAAAAAGUGCAUUUAACCAUCCCAGGGACUGAGAACAAUAUUGACGCGUACGAGCACCUUUUCAGCCAGCUCGUCUUUGAAAGAGAAAAAAGCGGAUUCUCGCAGCUCCCGGAAAUAGAGGAGCAGUGGAGGAUAGUGGACCCAAUACUCGACAGCCCAAAAGUAUCCCGAGUCAUAUACUAG